UGAACUUCUAUGUAAUUCUAUAUUCUUUGAUUUUACCAAAACAUUUCGUGGCGUAUUUGUUUUCCUCAGAAUAUGUUCUGUUAUAUAUGUGGUUAACGCUACAAGUUUCUCUGAGUUCGUAAUCAAAUUUCUCUGAUGGAAAAUUCGAAUAGUUAGCGAAUGUGUAGAGUUUGUAAAAAUCUGUUGCUGUGAGUAUAAAAAAAAGUUUAUAAUAAAUAUAAUGGCCGUAGUAAAAUUGAACGCAUCUAGUUCAUCUUCGAUAGAAUUAAGUUCUUACAGAGAUCAACAUUUUAAGGGAUCCAGAGCAGAACAAGAUAGACUUCUUAGAAAUUCUACUACUUUAUAUGUCGGUAAUCUCUCUUUUUAUACUACAGAAGAACAAAUCUAUGAAUUAUUUUCAAAAUGUGGAGAUAUCAGACGUAUUAUUAUGGGCUUAGAUAAAUAUAAGAAAACUCCAUGUGGUUUUUGCUUCGUUGAAUAUUAUCAAAGAUCAGAUGCAGAAAAUUGUAUGAGAUAUAUUAAUGGCACACGUCUUGACGACAGAAUUAUUAGAACAGACUGGGACGCAGGAUUUAUAGAAGGCAGACAAUAUGGACGUGGAAAGACAGGAGGACAAGUGAGAGACGAAUAUAGAUCUGACUUUGAUAGCGGUAGAGGAGGUUACGUAAAAGGAGGAGAAACAAACAUGCUAUCAUUGAUGAAAUAUUCGCAGCCAACGGUAUGAUACGAUAUGACCUAAGAUUUUAUAUUAAAUUACAAUGUACGUAUAAGGAAAAAAUUUAUAAAAAAAAAGGGAAAAACAAUGAUGACUACUGAUGUAUUUUAUUACUAUAAUUAUCAAGCUCAUUUAAUUAUCUUUAAUAAUAUGAUUUUGGAUUUGAACUUUGUAGUAUAUAUUUUUUUAUUUGUUUAUAAUUGUGUAUUGAAAAUAAAUGUUAGUGCAGUCGAUUCUUAUUCAUAAGUUUGUAAUUCAUGUAAAUGGAUAAAAUUACACAAGUCAUUAUUAAAGUAAUUUAUUUA